UAAAGGCGAGGUUCAAGGGUAGAAGAAAAACACAAAACUUGCAAUUCAUGGCAUGGAGGAGUCGGAGGGGGUCGAGCAGCAGCAGCUCGUGAUCUGAACCCAGUUAACGUCGAGUCGAAGCGCUGCCUCGUCCAAGCUUCUCCAGCGCUGUCCUCGGUGGUCAGAUACACCACCAACGGGGAUUUUGUGUACUUUAGGUGGCGAGAGUCAAAGCAAAUUGUACCCGUCUGCGUAAUGUGCGUUUUUUUAGAGGAAAAGAAACCUCCAACUUACGCUGCAGCGAUUCAUAUGCCUUCCACUUUGGGCAAAAGGGACAGCCCCUAACCCGCCCCGUCUUUUUUUACACGAGGGACCGACACACACACACAUACAGACAUCUUCGUCAUCUUCCACUUCAUGAAAAAGGACUCUGUUUAAAAAAAAGGAAAGAAAAGAAGGGUGCCCAGACAACCGACGGGGGAUCAUGGCAGCUACUUUAUCGGCGGAAGAAGAACAGGCGACCAGGCAGUUUCUGGAGGAAAUCAACAAGUGGACCAGUCAGCAUGGAGUGUCGCCGCUCUCCAGGGAAUUGGCCGUCAAGUUCCUCAUGGCCCGCAAGUUCGACGUCCUCCGAGCCAUCGAGCUCUUCCACAGCUACCGGGAAACGCGUCUCAAAGAAGGAAUCGUCCGGCUUCAGCCGCAGGAGGAACCUCUGCGCUCCGAGCUGCUCAGCGGAAAGUUCACCGUGCUGAGUGUGCGGGAUCCCUCGGGGGCCUCCAUCGCCUUGUACACGGCCAAACUGCACCACCCGAACAAGACGGGCAACCACGUGGUGCUCCAGGCCCUCUUCUACCUCCUGGACCGGGCCGUGGAAAGCUUUGAGACCCAAAGGAACGGCCUGGUGUUCAUCUACGACAUGGCGGGCUCCAGCUACACCAACUUUGAGCUGGACCUGAGCAAGAAGAUCCUCAACCUGCUGAAGGGGGCGUUCCCCGCCAGGCUGAAGAAGGUGCUGAUCGUCGGGGCCCCCGUUUGGUUUCGAGUGCCGUACAAUCUGCUCAGCCUGCUUCUCAAGGAGAAACUGAGGGAGAGGGUUCAGAUGGUGAAAACGGCGGAGCUGCGGCAGCACCUCCCCAGGGACUGUCUCCCCGAGCACCUCGGCGGCCUGCUGCCUCUGGAGUCGUACAGCUGGAACCAGCAGCUCCUGGCGGGCCAGAACGGCCGCGUGGACCCGGUGGACGAGCUGGUGGGCAUCCCCGUGGAGGACGCCUCCAUCCACGUGCCGGGACCCGAGGCCAUGCGCCCGCAGGAGCUGCUGGCGCUCCUCGGCCGGCUGCAGCGCUCGGGCAUCCACCAGGAGUACGAGGAGCUCCGCAAGGAGCCGCCGCCGGGAAGCUUCCACUGCGCACAAUUAGCUUACAACCAGGAGAGGAACCGCUAUGGAGACGUGCUGUGCCUUGAUCAGACGCGAGUUCGUUUGAAAGCCAGGAGGAACGAGAGAUCCGACUACAUCAAUGCGAGCUUCAUGGACGGCUACAGACAGAGGAACGCUUACAUCGGUACUCAAGGACCACUGGAAAAGACCUACGGGGAUUUCUGGAGAAUGGUCUGGGAACAGAACGUGCUUAUUAUUGUCAUGACAACCAGGACCGAUGAGGGCAGUCGGAGGAAGUGUGGACAGUAUUGGCCUCUGGAGGAGGGGGGGCAGGAGGUCUACGGCCACAUCGCAGUGGUUAGCCAAAGGGUGGACCACCACACCCACUACAACCACACCACCCUCGAACUGCACAACACUGAGACAUGUGAGCAGAGACAAGUGAGUCACUUCCAGUACCUCAGCUGGCCCGACUACGGCGUUCCCACCUCAGCGGUGACGCUCAUCGACUUCCUGGGCGCUGUGAAGAGGCAGCAGAGGAAAAUGGUGAAGAGUUUGGGUCUCCAGUGGACGGGCCACCCCCAGGGCCCCCCAGUGGUGGUGCACUGCAGUGCAGGGAUAGGGAGGACAGGUACCUUCUGUGCCCUGGACAUCUGCCUGUCCCAGUUACAGGACGUGGGCUCGCUCAACGUCUGCCAGACGGUGCGCCGCAUGAGAACGCAGCGGGCCUUCAGCAUUCAAACCCCGGACCAGUACUACUUCUGCUACAACGCCAUUCUGGAGCACGCCCAGAGGCAGGACCUGCUCCCGGCCAAUCAGUGAGGUUCCGCCCCCAGCCCCUCCCCGAUUAAUCCACGAGCGCACAGAUUUGAAGAUUCCAAUUGGCGAGACCGGGGAGUUAAACUAGAGCGAUUCUUCAGCGGCGGAGACGAGCUGGGACAAGAAAAGGCUGGAGAGACGGCGUUGUUGAUUUCCAGUCUCUCUUCCAACGACGGGACAUUUUUGUUGGUGCCGAACAUCUCCGACGACGCGGGGCAGCAUGAGCAGAGCGCUCCUGGUGCGUGGUCGAGGUGAUGUUCAUUAACCUUUUCUGCAUAUUUAUUUGCCACUUUUUAACUGACUGUUAAGGGGACCUUUUAUUUGAAGGACUAGUUCACCCCAAAAUAAAAAAAAUUUCCACUUCUUUGAAACGAUUCAAAGGCCCAUAGUUAUAACUACAGAAUCUUAAACCAGGCAUAAAACAUCUUUCAAUAGUUGGCCAGCCUUUCAUUUAUUUUUCUUCCGGAAUAUGCAUUUACAAAUUCUACAGCACACUUUCUCAUUCAAUUGAACUUUUUGACUGCUGCUGCAGUUAUUUCAACCAAAAAUGAAGUAAGUCUCAAGUUACUGACAUUUUUCAUUUUGGGGUGAAAUGUUCCUUUAAAUUACUACACCAUUUUUGUUCCAAAUAGGGAGCAUGAUCUCCACCACCAUGCGCCAAUGAUGUGAUGUGUUAUUGUGGAUUAAUAGUUUUUACAGCCGGUCCAGGACGCCGUGCUGGUGGCCUUUCAGCACCUGGUUUAUGUCACGUAGACGGUACGAGCUGGUCUCACACGGAGCUGAAAAAGCUCCACUCAAAACAAUUUAGUCAUUCGCCAAGAAGUCAGUCUUUUUUUUUUUUUUUUUUUGAAGUUGCAUUCCCCUCUGCCUUAGGAAAAAAAAAAACUCAGUAAAAAGGGGGUAAAGCACAUCCGAAAUGGCCGAUACAUCUCCACUGUGAUCACUCGUCAAAUUGCUGUGCAUUUAUUUUAUUUCUCACAUCUCCUGCCGCCCUUCCAUCAGACUAAAUGCACAUUUUCUAACUCACACAGACAAUGACUAGUGUCUUCUUUUGCUCACUAGCGGUGCCAUCAUGCUUCAGUGAUUGUGGGAAUGUAUCUUUACGCACACACACACACACACACAGCAGUCUGCGGUGACUCCGCCAUCGAAGCAAACACCCGUGGAAUCUGUUAAGACUGCAGGAGUAGUGCAAUACUUGUUUUGGGUUUUUUGUUUUUUACAUCACAAACGUUUAGAUGGCUAUUCCCAAUGUGCUCCGGAGAGCAGUCGCCAUGGUGAUAGGACGGCGUGCCUCUUAAAACGUAAUUCUGUACGUCCACAUGCAAACUUGCUUGUUAAAUUUAGUAAUGCGGAGAUGUGAAACGUUUAGGGGCGUUUGAGAUUCAGUGUAAACUUUUGCAUCCAGGGGGAUUUUUGGGCG